UAACACGAAUAUAUAUAACAAGACACGUCUUAGUGUAAAAUCAGAUGAAUUCAUACUACCUGCGUAUUAUAUAUAGUUAGCAUUUGACAAUUGGGCGUUAAUACGAUUCCAAUGGCAUUGCAUAUCUCCUCAAAAGUAUUUAAGGCCAGGUCGAGGACCGUCGCUAAAAGAACGCCAGAACGUCCCACUGGCAACAACAGUUUUACCGAAUAUGGCAGUAGGCAAUAAAAAUAAAAAAAUCAGUAAGGAUGGUAUAGUUUAGGGUGACCAGACGUCCCCGUAUUCCGGGGACAGUCCCCGUUUUUGGUGGCCUGUCCCCGGAAAUGUCCCCGUUUUUAACUGUGCGUUAAAAACAGAACAAAGUGAAAUAUUUUACUUGGCAAGAAAGACCGGGCAGCAGAGCCUACCGGUUGACGUCUCAAUCACGUUGUGCUUGUUUUGUCCAACAGAUGGGGCUGCUCGCUAUAGCAGCUUCAUUCACUCUUAUUCUACUAACUACUUGUUCGCAAUAGUUUUAGAGAAAACUGCUGUGGAAAACUCGGCCAGAAGUUAGCAAGUGUCAAGUGAAUCCACAACAUCACCAGAAACGUCUUUUCAAGCCAGUGUUUUUUGGUAGGGUAUGGAGGAGGUGAAGAAGCAAUUUGGUCAGCACAUCGAGGUCGAGCCUGAAUGGAAGGCUGGGUUUUCUAUCCAGAGACAGCUACGACACAUCCUUGUCAUGUUCCAUGGCUGGUGUUCAUCUGAUGAGACAGUUCUUCUCCUGUCCUUCAAGGAGUGUCACAGGGCACUGACGCUCUGCAGUAACCAACCCUUUCACAGCGAGGCCAUAGACUACUACAUGUGCAAACACAUCCUCCAUGUACGCCCCUACAAGGUGUCCCAGGAGCCUGUCAGCAUACACCUGCUCAUCUCCAGGGCGCUUGCUGGCCUGUAUGUACAGCUGUGUAGUACAGGGGCAGUCAAACGCCUCCACCAAUAUGUGGAUCCGGAGAGCUGUGACUUCACCUGGUUUGCGGAGCACCCUCUGCGCUGUGUGGUGCUGGCUGCCCAGGCCUCAGCUGAGAUGUGGCGCAGGAACGGCCUCUCGCUCGUCAGCCAGGUGGAAGAGUGCUGCUUCCAAAAUGGACCCCAACCACUUCAUCAUGCUGAUCUUGCAGAGAUUUGAGCUCUUUGAUGUGUUCAAUGGAAGUCACUUAAGCAAAGACCAAGCUUCCAUGUCUUCUCCCUGGACCUCCUCAAUGUCCACCUCUUGAAC